AUGAAUCCACCCACUCCGUUAUCGACCUCCUCCACGAGAUCCACUGCCUCAGAUCCCUCUCACCAUCCGGAUGGCGAGCCGAUAACACAAUUGUUGGAGGGCAUGCACCUUCCCACCCCUCAGCAAUCGAACGGUGCAGCUCUCCCUCAGAAACCCCCCAAGGCCAAGAUGGCGAAUCGCUUUUCUCGCAUGUUCUCUACGCACAGAGAGCCCGAUAAUCUACGGGAAUGUGCGUCGGAUACCACGCUCCAGAGAAAAAGCUCGUCUCGCACGUCACCUGGUUUGAAUGGCAGUGACAAAGGCGCAAAUCUCAAGCCCCCACCAACUACGCAAGCCGAGAAGAAGCCCGACGAGAAGAAACAUGCCAAGGAGCCGGUUCAGCCCUUGAAGCGCUUCGAUAUACACCCUGAUGGAACUCAUAACCAUUACCUAAAGAGCGCCAAACGACAAGAAAAACUCUCGAGCAUGCUUCGCGAUAUGCUAGGGGGUGGCAAGAAGAAGGAGGAGCACGUUGAGGAUCAACAAUUGUCUCUGAUGUCGAGUUGGGUGGAUCAGCUUAAAUCAGAGCGAGAAAAGCUCGCGGCAGACAAGAAAGGCGGACCAAAUUCAACAGCAUCGCUAGUUGACAAGUAUGGUAAAUGCCAAGAAAUCGUCGGCCGUGGCGCGUUUGGCAUUGUACGCAUUUCUCACAAAGUGGACCCGAAAGACUCGAAAACAGAACAGUUGUAUGCCGUCAAGGAGUUCCGCCGUCGACCCCAGGAGACGGCCAAAAAAUACCAAAAGCGUCUGACUUCCGAAUUCUGUAUCUCUUCUUCGCUCCGCCAUCCUAAUAUCAUCCACACUCUGGAUUUAAUGCAGGACUCUAAAGGUGACUAUUGUGAAGUCAUGGAGUAUUGUGCUGGCGGUGAUCUAUACACUCUCAUUCUUGCCGCCGGAAAGCUUGAGGUUGGCGAAGCCGACUGUUACUUUAAGCAGCUCAUGCGAGGCGUCGAGUAUAUGCAUGAAAUGGGCGUUGCUCAUCGUGAUCUGAAACCAGAAAACCUUCUCCUAACGACACACGGCGCUUUGAAAAUUACGGAUUUCGGAAACGGAGAGUGCUUCCGCAUGGCAUGGGAAAAAGAAGCACAUAUGACUGCAGGCUUAUGCGGCUCGGCGCCUUACAUCGCUCCAGAGGAAUACGUUGACAAAGAGUUCGACCCCCGCGCGGUUGAUGUCUGGGCUACCGGCGUGAUCUAUAUGGCCAUGAGAACUGGUAGGCAUCUUUGGAGAGUGGCACAAAAGGACGAGGACGAAUUCUACGAGCGCUACCUAGAAGGCCGACGGGACGAAGAUGGCUAUGCGCCUAUCGAAACCCUUCAUCGGGCAUGUGGACCCCAUUACCUUCUCCCUAACAACCAGUGUAGUAUUCAGCCACUGACUUGUCUUCUCUUUUAG